CAGCUGGCGGACGCUCGACCCUCUCCUCUCCUCCCCCCAGCAUCUCCCCCAGGCACACAAAGCAGGAGGGCGGGGGCGACGGUGGGAAGGCGAAGGAGGGAUGCGAGGGGCGUGUCUUGCUCCUGCCUCUGGCCAAUCGGCGAGCCGGGGCAGGAGUGCCUCAUGAAUAUGCAGACCCCCUGCGCUUCCCAAUCCCCUGGCCGUGAAGGCAGCGACUGAGACUGAGAGCGGGAUGAGGAGGACCAGCGAGCGAGUGAGGAGCUCUUCCGCCUCCGAGGCACCUUGAAGAUGCUGCUCGGCUAAGGGGACGGUGCGGGACGCUCAGGACUCCUUCACCGCUGCCAUGUGCUCUGCUUGUAUCCAUGCACAGCUUUCCUCCGCUAUGAGCCAACUGAGGGGGCUUCCCGCGUGCACCACCAUCUGCCUUCUUCUGCUCAGCUCCUGCAGUCUGCAAUGCCUCGCUUUCCGAAGCCCGGAGCUGCAGGAGGCGGCAAUGACAGGGAACAGUUUAGAAAGCGUUGGAAAUGCAAGUCUUCCAAGCCCGGAAAGCAACCUCGGCUUGCCUGUGCAAACAGUUAGUGCUGCCGCCCCCAAAAGCCUUUUCAGAGCCUCAGCAGAGCCAUCUGGGACACCAUUAAGCACAGCCGUCUUCAUUAAAGCGACGCUGCAAAGCAUUCUGGGCAUUCGCGGUCACUUGGGGAGCCAGAGUGUAGAUGUUUACACCACGGAAGUCCCAGGGGUCGAUACAGCUGAAAGGCAGUUUGGUUCCAGCAGACCCGAUAAAGAGCUGGGUGAAAAUGUUCCACACCAGACCCUGCUUCCCACAGUUACGGCACCUCUAAACCCUGACGUUAAGGGGAAUGUACGUAGUAGCGCCCUGGAUGAGACAGUGGAGGGGGAUAGUGGUGUUACCCGGCCUGGUUCUACUGGGAUUCCAGGGGGUGAAGUUUUUGUGCCAGGAAUCCCAGAAGAAGGGAAAAGUGUCGUCCGUUCAGGCUCACCUCUCUCAAGCACGGAAGAUUUGCGGUCCUUGCUUCCUACAUCCGUACCCCGUGAUCACUCCACGGGUCUUUUCCCUUCAGGGGGUCCGUCCGUUGAUUCUGAGCCCGGAUCAAAUGGAGAGGGCCCCACCAUUUCAACAGACACCAACGUCACUGUGAAAUCCCUAUUAGUUCCCACGGAGGCCGUCUUGAAUUUGGAAGAUUCCGGCCAUCGGGGGCGCCUGGAAGUCACGCCCAGCUCAGCCGUAGCUGUUGUGGCUGCGUCACCACAAAGUGAGGAUUGGGAUGAUACAAAAUUAGGGGUGGCUCACCAAGUGGGAACCACACAAGCUCUGCUGGUGAGCCAGGUGGGAACGGAGUUCGACCCUGCCGUGGGAGGAGUGGAAGAGGACAAUGUGAAAAAGGCCCUACCGCCAAGUGCAUCAGCAAAAGGACGCAAAAAUACUCAGGCUGCGUCAGGCCCGGCAUCAGUGCAGGAGGGAGAAGCUACAACAGCUUCCUCCAGCCAGAAUCCUGCCCAUGCCAUCGAUCCAUCCGUGAAAGCUCCUGGUGGAAGAGCGACGGAAAAUGCAGACACAGUUGGGACAAACGAUUCCAUUUGGUUUCCAAAGACCCCUGCGACAACAGAUGUGACCAAAUCCGAUGUCUUCCAAACCCGGAGAAAUCCAUUAAGAGGUGUUACUCAAGGAAGAACAGCAGCCUUCCCUGACAUUGGUGCAAUGUCACCAGCUGUGACGCCCGGGGAUUUCGCUAUCCAGGAGGCAACAGGAGAUGGGAGGGCGAUGGGGGAAGGAAGAGAAUUGGCCACCCAAAUACCAACAGUUUCUAGCACAUCCCAGUUCCUAAAGACGUCAGAAAAUUCUGCAACUGCUACGUCCCCCGUUGCUAUUCAUUUUUCUGCUGGUAAAACAACGGAUACUGAAGGGAUUAUUGCUGCAGUGGUCGAGGAAGACGCCGCUUCCAUUUCGGAUGCUCUUGCGACCCUGGCUGGACUGAAAACGUGGACUGAAGAGAUUCUUGGCAGCACGGUAGCCAUGACAGCUCCGCCUUCCUUAGCCUCCUCUGCAAGGAGAACCACGGUGCCAACUGCCCACCGGAUUACCACAGCUGCAGCUUAUGGGCUGGACAGGCUGGAAUCGGAAGAGGAAGAGGAGGAAGAAGAAGAGGAAGAGGAAGAAGAGCCUGAUGAGGAUGAUGAGGAAGAAGAAGAUGAAGAAGAUGGAGACGAUGACCAGGACGCAAACUCUAUGGACGAAAGCAUGGAUGGGGGUGCCGAUCUCUCCAGCUUCACUGUUCCUGGGGAGACUUCUCAAGAGCCUGUGGACGGCCUUGAGAACCCUGCAGGGGAACUCUCGGGAGUAUCGUAUCAGGUUCCAAGCGCCAUUGAAUGGGAACAGCAAAACCAAGGUCUCGUGAGAAGCUGGAUGGAAAAGCUGAAAGAUAAGGCAGGUUACAUGACUGGAAUGCUGGUGCCAGUGGGGGUUGGCAUCGCUGGAGCCCUCUUCAUCCUGGGCGCGCUCUACAGCAUAAAGAUUAUGAACCGCCGACGCAGAAACGGCUUCAAAAGACACAAACGAAAGCAGAGGGAAUUUAACAGCAUGCAAGACCGAGUGAUGCUUUUAGCAGAUAGCUCUGAAGAUGAAUUUUGAAUCAGACUGCAGUGCCACGUCCUGCUCUCCAGUGACUUUUCCUUAGGUUUUUUUCCCUUUUCUUUUGUUUUCUCUUUGCAAGGGGAGGUGUGCAAGCAGAAAGGAUUUUUGCUGCAUCACAGCUGCUGCAUUCACAGGGCAGUGGUGGUUGAUACACUGCCUAAAAAGAUUACACACACACACACACACACACACACACACACCAAUCUCAAUAACAGCAUGCUGUAUGCCCAAGUGUAAUGCGCAGUGUCAUUUUUAAGAAACAAAAAUAGAGUACUGCAAUUUUCUUUUGCGCACCGCACCUUGUUCGAAUGCAAAGUAAACGAUGUUUCCACGGCACGGAAGCAAGUCGGGAAGAAUGACAAUAAUCAGCCUUAGGUUUUAAUGCUCCUUCCAGCCCUUGGCAAUCAAGCUGUCAUCAUUACCGUGAGAGUCCCUUGGGAGGCCCAUCUUCAACCCAGAUUAUUUCUGUCUAUCUCUCACUGGGGAGCAGCAUCGAAAAUGUUGCGUUACCUGGGCUGGAGUUCACUGGUUUCUAAAAUUAGCUGCUCUGUUUAAUUAAUGAAGUGCCAACUUGAGGCAGAUUGCCUGCAUCAGCAGAAUAGAAACUACGUGGAGUACAACCAAGAGACACAAUACUAUGUAUCGUACAUUACAUCUUGGGCCAAAGUCGACAGUAUGCGGGAGAUGCACAAACAGUUUCCCAAAGGGGUUUUACAUCUGAACUGAAAACCAGCUUCGGAGUCUGCAGUCAGGAGGAGAAGGGUAGCAAGGAAGGGGAGCUUCUUUACCCUUUCCCUUCCUGCCAGUUUCCUGCUCAAAAAUUGCAAAACAACAACAACCCUUCAUUUGCUUUUCUACCUGUUGGGGGAAAGAUACAAGGCCUGUUCACACAACUGUCAAUAUCAAGGUAGGAGGCCUUGUACCCUGCUUUGCAUGGCUGUGUCAAUUCAUGAAAAUCCCUCCAACCCAAGUUGCUCAGAACAGGGUAGUCCAGCUUUUAUACCCUGUUCUUAACCAAGGUAGGAGUGAGGGCUCUUCUACCUGGCUUUCCUGGUCACAUGUAUCCACUUACCUUUACUCGUGUUUGCCUUUUCUUACCUUUUUAGUUGCGUUUCUACUAGGAACUAGCAGGCCUGCAGACAAUCAAGAGCUCUGGUUACAGCAGCUGCCAUCUGUGAAUGUACCACUCUACAAAGCACACUCUGUGUUCCUAUCUUUGCAGCAGCUUCAGCAGGGCUGGGCCCAUCUCCUGCCCCUUCAUGACCAGUCAGAGGACAGGAGCUCUCUAACCACGACACCCACCCCCAUGUGGUUGUGUGAAAGGCCCUACAGGAUCCUUGUAUCUUUUCCCCUGCAGGGAGAAAAGCAACGGAGAGGGCAAUUUUUGUCUGGCAUGGAAAGGGUUAAGUGAGCCCUCUUCCUGUUACUCCCCCCGCCCUUUCAAACUGGCUGCCUUCUGUGAUUGAUUUUCAUUUUUAAAAGAAAUCAGUUGAUUGUUUAUGUAUCUCUUGUGUAACAAAUUAGUUUGGCCCUCUAAGCAUGCUGGCUUACAACAGAGAGCUGUUUAUAGUAACAGCCAAACAAUGAUAACCAAUUGCCGUAGAUUAAGGCUGAAAUCCUGUGCACCCUUACUUGGGAGGAAGUGUUACUCAACCCAGUGAGACUGGCUCCUGUGUGAGCCUGCCUAAAUCGGAGCCCUCGCAAGGGCCGCCCACAUGCAUGGAUGUACAACCUUUGAUUAUUCAGUGCUCACCACUGACAAUGUGUGAAUUGCCUGCAUGGAAAAACUGUUGUGGUUUCAGGUGGUAUUAACAUUCUGUCGGUGGCCUUUGAUCUGCGAGGGCUCCUUCACACACUCAAGUCAUCAUUCGGUGUUGGUGUCAUCAAGUGAUGAGUGUGCAUGUGUAAGCCUGCCCUUAGUCGGUGGCUGUGGUCCCCCAACUGUUGGUACCUGGGGCUCAAGUUGUAGGUUUUUUCCUGGAUUAAAACUGAGAGUGCACUUCACUUGUACACAGAUGCAAAAUCCUGCAUAUUUGUUUUCUUCAUCAGCUUCCAAACCAAAGGACAGACACCCUCAGCAUUGUCCAUAUACCGACAGGGUGGCGAGGAUCAAUUUGUACAGGGAUUUCCUCCCAUGAGGGACACAGACUUUCAAUCUAGGUUGAGUGUGGGUUACUGACAUUACUGUGAUUGUGUGAAUCCAUGUCAAGGUGGUUUAUGAGAAUCUGAGAUUCUCGCCUUGGUGUGGAUUCACAUGAUCACGCUAAUGUCGGUGGCCCACAAUAAACCUAGAUUCAAAUGACUGUGAGAACCAGGACACAGAGUGAUGGAUAUUUCCAUUAUGGUGUGUUAAUUCUUUAAGGCUAAUUUCGAACAUGGAAGCUUGGUUUUUCAAAGCCUACUCCAGCCCUUCUGGUAGCACACAGUUUGGGAAUCACUAGUCCAAGGCUUGUUCAUUGUUUCACAGCAAGUUCACACCACUUUGUCCAGUAUAAGUGCACCUGUGUCUACUCACAAUCACUUGAACAUUAUCAAAACGAUUCUCCUCUGGUAUUUUAAUUUUUAAAUGAUCUUCCUAAUGCCUACAUUGAAGUGGACAGGAGAAGGACACCAAAAUGUAAGAAAUAAUGAAACUUGAACCCUGUAAAAUGCAGUUCAGGGCCUGAGCACAUGACUAAGCUUUGGAGGGGUCAGAUCCUGGCAACAGUCAGUGACCUUCCUGAAGAGUGGGGAAAGUUAUGGGUUGCUCUGUGGGGUUUAUAUCUGUCAUUGCAAGGGUUCUCAAACUUGGGUUCCCAGAUGUUGUUGGACUACAACUCACAUCAUCCCCUGCAACAAUUGCCAUUGUGACAAGGGAUGGUGGGAUUUCAGCUUCUGGGGAGAGACAAUUGCUCUGAUUGCAGGCGGGGGGAGAUGGCAAGGGAAAGCUCAAAAACAAAAGAAGCAGGAUGAAGUGGGUAAGAACUUGGCAUUUGAACUAUAAUACUGUUCCAGUCUCUCAAUCUGGCCAUCAUAGUUAUGCUGUUGAACAUUGGGUGGUGAAGGUGCACGUGCUUCUGAUUCAUAGGAACAUAGGAAGCUGCCUUCAGACCACUGGUCCAUCUAGCUCAGCAUUGUCUACACAGACUGACAGCAGCUUCUCCAAAGGUUGCAGGCAGGAGUCUUUCCCAUCCCUACCUGGAGAUGCUGCCAGGGAGGGAACUUGGGACCUAGAUGCUCUUCCCAGAGCGGCUCCAUCCCCUAAGGGGAAUAUCUUCCAGUGCUCACCCAUGUAGUCUCCCAUCCAAGUGCAAACCAGGGUGGACCCUGCUUAACAAAGGGGACCAUUCAUGCUUGCUACCACAAGACCAGCUCUCCUCCCUGGUUGUCUGGGCAGUGAAAGCAACCGGGAAGUGAUCGUGUGUGAGGGGCCAUUUCCCCCCGAGGGAUUUUACAAAACUCCAGUGCUGGUGGGGGGAACCUAGGGGGAGGGAUAAGUGCACCCUCUCCUGCCCUUAAAGUCCUACCCCCCCGCCCCCGCCGAACGUUCGAGCUGGCCAGUGUUCGAAUCUAUUAGGAGGCCCAUAAAAGGGCUUCCAAACACCAUUGCACACCAUUGUUUCCUGCCCAACUGGACAGGCAUCAGGAGCGUGCACAUUCAGCAGCAUAGCCACCAUAGCUGGAUUGUGAGAAUGGGCCCUCCGAUUUCUAGUCCAUAGUAGCAGAGGAGGAGCUUUGAUUGGGUUGGUGGGUUCAAAGAACCCGAGAUGCCAGGUUUGCCCCCACCUGCCUCCCAGCUCUGGCAAGCCUCAUUCCCAGCUGGCCUCCUUGUUGGCUGGGUGUUUCCUUCACUCUCUCCCUCGCUUGGAAUGAGGGAGAGAAAGAAGGAAGCACCCAGCCGGCAAUGAAACCGCCUGGGAAAUGAGCUCUGGAGGGCCAUGAGGGCCUUCCAGGUGCUGGCCACGCCCCCUGCAUGUGUCAUCUCACAUACAGGGGGCGUGGCUAGUCCGUGCCAGGGGCCAGCGGGGAGAGGGCCAUGCACAUGCCCAUUCUCCCCCAGCUACGCAUCUGCGUAGCAGAGAUGCCUGUGAUAUUUGGUAAGCCCAGAAGUGAGCUUUGGGCACUUGUAACACUCCUUCACAGAAGAGGUGAGCUUUGUGAGCGUCCAUGUUCUUCUCUGGCUCGGGUUUAAAACCCGGCAGGAGAGGAAUUCAUGACUUCCCUUGCUUCCCAAUCCUGCUUCCCAAAGGCCGUUCCUGGUUUUCUUUCAACACAGCGCAGUUAUCCAACCAGGUUAGCCACGCUGGCUCUCUUGCCUCUGGAAAGUAAGGUGAUCUGAUCUCUCCCUCUCUGCCCCUCUGGCUUCCCCUCCAGUUUGUCAGAGGGAGAAAAGCCCUGGGGGGCUGUUGGGGAGUGUAGUUUUUCCAAGGGUUACUGCCAGUGCCUGACAGGUGAGGUUUAUUGAAGUGGAGAGGGGGCUUAGAGGGGACAAAUUCAGAUUUGGGUCAGAAAUAAGCUGAGCUAUGGUAUUUUAAUUUUUAUUAAAUUAAAUAGCUCAGUUUAUUUCUGGGACAAUUUGAGACGAGUGGGGACGGUGUGCCCAUUUCUACUCCAUUGUGAACCACUGAUGUCAAAUGCAACUUUUAGCAGUUGCAUUGCAGAAGGAAGCAAGAUACUCCACAUUUGCCAACCGCAAGUCACAGCGCAACGUCCCAGCAUGGUGGGUGACCCGGCUCAGGGGGAGGUUCCUGGAAGGCUCCCAGCCAGUGAGUGAUCAAGACAGUCUGGCCACAGAAAGAAGGCUGGUGUUUAUGGGUAGACUAUUGUCAAGGCUGUGGGCAGCCCUAAUCUGGAAUCACGGAGUGAAUCCCCAGCAGCAAUGGCUUUUGCGUGGGGGUUAUGGGAGUUGUAGUCCACAGCAUCUGGGAAUCCCUGUUAGAGGGAACUCUGCUGCCAGUCACCAUGGCUGUUGUGCUGAGAACAACCAAAGCAUCGGGGAAUGGGACUGUAUCUCGGUAGAAGAGCAUUGCAUGCAGGAGGUCCCUGGUGCAACCCGCUGGCAGCACCAACAGGUACAGCUGGGAGAGACUCCUGCUUGCAGCCUUGGAGAAGCUUCUGCCAGUCCGUGAAGACAAUACUGAGCUGGAUAGACCAAUGGUCUGACUCAGUAUAUGGCAGCUUCCUGCGUAGGCUGAUACUAUGCAUCUGAUCAUGUAGAAACUAGGGAACAUCUUGAAAUGAACGAAAAGGAAUGCCCACUGAAAUGCACUGGUUCCUUCCAAAAGGCCAUGAAAUGCAUGGAAUUUCUGAAUGGCCGUUGGCCACUUCAUGCAUUCCUAUGUCAAUUUGGAAGGAACCAGUGCACUUCAUUGGGCAUUCCCUGUUAUUCAUUUUAAGACGUACUGACACUAGUCCACCGUAGAAUUUGCAUGCUGACAGUCCCAGAUUCUAUCCCUGGCAGCAUCUCCAGGUAGGGCUGGGAAAGACUCCUGCUUGGUUAGAUUAAUUAGCUAAUCAAUUAGAUCAGUUAGCUUGCUCGAUUAGGUCCUAGCCUCAGGCCCUAAGACAGGGAUUCUCAGAUGUGGUGCCCCAGAUGUUGGACUACAACUCCCAUCAUCCCCAGCCACAAUGACUGGCUGGUGGCUGCCAUUUCUCCCCAACCCUGCUCCUCUGAAUGAUGCAAGUGAACCACUGUUGCCAGAACCUGAGGGGUAUACUCAGGUGUGAAAUAGGGGCCGUAACCCAGAACUUGGUGGUUUCCUUUUCUUCCUCUUCCUUUUGAGUAAAAAGUAUGACCUAUUUUUAACCCAUGUUUUUAAAGGGGGUUGUCUUAAUUUCAGGGUCAUCUGUUUGGAUAAAUACGUUAAAAUAG